CUUCGAAAGGAGCCAUCAGUAACUGGAGAGGAGAGAAAAGGAGUGGGACGCUAGGGGCAUUGAGAGAGUGACGGGGCGAUGUACUGAGAUUAGAGAGAGAAAGAGGGCAAGCAGGUGAAAGAUCUUCGUUUAUUUGUUUCCUACCAUCUCGUCUUAGCUCUUUUUUUUUCCCCUUCUUCGCUCCUUCUCUGUCCAUCUCUUCCAAUCUACCCGCAUUCAUUCCUUGCUUCUCACUUUCCAAUUCACGAGAUCCCCAUCUCUUCAUUUCCUUACCCUUUCUUGUUCACACACUAUCUCUCCCAUAUCUCUCCGAUCUGCCAUCUUCACUUUCUUCCCCCUCUUCUCCCUCUCCCGUUUCAUGUCUUCUUCUCCGAAAUCGCAAUCGUUCCCCAUUCUCUUUAAUUUCUGCGGCCAUUUCAGCUAGCAAGAGAGCGGAAACGUCGAGGCUUUUUGGCGAGAUGUCGAGGUCGGAUUCUCAGAAACACUUUUCGGCGCAGUCCAUCUCCGAUCGCUUUGACUCUGCGCUCAGCUUCGAGGGUAACAAGCCCGAUGCCAAGAACUUCGAUCAUCUCGAUUCGCCCGUCUCUCCCCUCCGUACAGGUGCUACAGCCGCUGCCGCCACCAGCAGCAGCUCGAGCUCCUCGGGCUCGUUCUCCGGAAAGCCCCUCCCCAAUGUAGCACUCGCCGCCACGAAGUCCGAUGACUUAGCAAGGCGCAAUCACUCCGGGGAGCUCUCUGGCUCAAGUCAUGGGAGCCCUAGCCGUAGACCAGGACAUCGUCGGUCCGGAUCUGGCCAGCUUGUGUUCUCCAGCUCCGCUAACUCCCCGGCGACCAAUGUGCUCCCAGCGGGGAAUAUUUGCCCUUCCGGGAAGAUAGGGAAGUCUGGGAUGAUGAGUCGAAGCACGGCGAGAAGCGAUGUACUUGGAUCUGGUUCAGCGAAUUAUGGGCACGGGAGUAUAAUGAGGGGCGUUACCACUGGGUUUGGUACGGAAAUGAAGAAUUUGAGGCCGAUGAGAGUGGAUCCAGAGGAGUUAACCAAGGUUGGAAACGAGCAUUACAAGAAGGGGCAGUUUACGGAGGCGCUGGGUUUCUAUCAUCGAGCAAUCGAGAUGUGUCCCAGCAAUGCUGCUUGCUGGAACAACAAGGCAGCAGCUCUCAUUGGGCUGGGAAGAUUGGGGGAGGCAGUGAAGGAUUGUGAGGAGGCCAUUCGGCUCAACCCGAACUAUUCCAAGGCUCAUCAGAGGCUUGCUUGCUUACAUCUUAGGUUGGGGCAGGUUGAAUAUGCACGGAGGCACCUCUUUUUGGCCGGACACCAGCCUGACCUUGCUGAGAUGCAGAACCUCCAGAUGGUGGAGAAGUAUCUGGAAAGAUGCUCUGAUGCUCGGAGGAUGGGGGACUGGAAAAGUGCUCUGAGGGAAGCAGAUGCUGCCAUUACAGCGGGCACAGACUCUUCACCUUUGAUUACAGCGUUGAGAGCAGAAGCUCUUCUUCAUCUUCAACAUCUUGAAGAAGCGGAUUCAACUCUUGCAAUAGCAUACCAACUGGCCAACAAAUCACCAUCCUCUUUCCAGACCAAGUUUCUUGGUAUGCUUUCAGGUUCUUAUAUCUCAUUUGUGCAAGCCCAAGUUGAUAUGGCUUUGGGAAGGUUUGAGAAUGCUGUUACGUCAGCUGAGAAGGCCCGCCAGAUAGAUAUACAUAAUGCUGAAGUAUCAGGGUUGUGGGAAAAAGUGAAAUUUGUGGCUAGGGCUCGUGCCCAAGGUAACGAGCUUUUCAAGUCCGGAAAUUUUGCAGAAGCCUGCACAGCUUAUGGAGAAGGACUCAAGUAUGAUCCAUCAAACCCAGUGCUCCAUUGCAAUAGGGCUGCUUGUCGGUCUAAACUUGGGCAGUGGGAGAGGUCUUUGGAUGACUGUAAUGAAGCUUUGAGAAUUCAACCUAGGUACACCAAGGCGCUUCUUAGACGAGCUGACUCUUAUGCUAAGCUUGAACGGUGGGUGGAAGCAGUUAGAGAUUAUGAGAUUUUGAGAAAGGAACUUCCUACAGACACUGAGGUAGCAGAAGCAUUAUUUCAUUCUCAAAUUGCUUUGAAAAUGUCACGAGGUGAGGAGGUUUCCAACAUGAAAUUUGGUGGUGAAGUGGAGAAAAUAACAGGUCUGGAGCAAUUACAGGCAGCAAUAGCUCUUCCAGGAGUUUCUGUUGUAUACUUUAUGGCUGCUUCAAAUCAUCAGUGUGUCCAGACAAGCCUAUCGGUGGAUGCUCUUUGUAAGAGAUACCCAUCUCUAAAUUUUCUCAAGGUUGAUAUAAAUGAGAGCCCAGCUGUUGCCAAGGCAGAGAAGGUGAGAAUUGUGCCAACUAUCAAGAUUUAUAAAAAUGGAGCUCAUGUGAAGGAGAUGAUCUGCCCCAGCUUGCAGGUGCUGGAGCUUUCAUUGAGGCAUUAUGGCAUGUAGCAUUGAAACCCAGCGCUCUUUUGUAAACCCAUCUUUUCCAAUUCAUAAAAGUCGCUGCUUUUUUCGGAAACCAGCCACACAGUAAUCAAUUUAGUCAAAGACAAGAGGAAUCCAUUUUUUUUCAUAAUUUUCUUUUCCCCCAAUCUUUUCAGAUCAUUUUACCAUUUUCACUCUAGUUCCCCCCUUAUUCAUUCAUUGUAGUUCCAAUUUCAUCCAAAGAUUUCUGAUUAGUCUUAGGAUACCCUAUUUUAUUCAUGGCAACCUAUCAUUCUCUUGUUAAAAGCCUAACGUGAAAUAUGUACUGUACUAUUGCUUUAGAUUUUCAGGAUUCACUUUUCAGGUUCAUUAUUUGGUGGGGAAGGAGAGAUGGUGGGUUUGGAUUUUUACAUGUAUAUACACCAUAUUGAAAGCAUUAGAAGCCAUUGCUUUGAAUGGGUAGAAUGGUCGGGGAAGGGAUCAUAACUGAACUAUGAAUAUUUUUUGGGGCGGUAAGGAAGAGAGACAUUUUGUUUUUUGUUACUGCUGCUGUUGCUGUUCUAUCCUUUCCAUUCUCAUGAAUAAGAGACCAGGUAUUCUUUUCAGGUGCACUUAUGUUGUGUUCUUUUCCAUUCUCCUAUACUUUUUCAUGAUUUUAUUGUUGAAUUAUUUUCACACCGGUGCAGGUUGGCAUAUUUUUAGUUCUUUUUU